UUAAGUGCUAAGCAUGGAAAAUAAUUUAUACUGUUCGUGUCAUACUCAUUUCCUUCUGGCCUGCUCUAUUGUAUGGAUCCAAAAUUUUCACAGAGAUAGUGGCCUAGAAAUAACCUGAGCAGCAAGUUCUGUGUUAAGUAUGAAAGUUAUUCCGAUCUCCUUCCACAUAUUAAUUAUUUUCGCUGGAAAAGAACAUUCAUCCGGGCUCUAGGAGUUGGCAAGUGAAAUUCCCAGUGCAGAAACAGCAGCUUUUUAACUUUCAAAAGACAGCCAACAAAGAGUGUCUUCUCUAAAUUGAUCAACCCAAGUUCCAAUUCAAGACCACGCAGAGGGCAGAGGAAGGAAUAGCGAAGACAGGAUAGAAAAGAUGCUGGAAGACAAAGGUUCAAAUGACGAAGAAACACUAUCCAAGCCUCUAUUAUCAGAGGUCACUGAUGUUAGGGAAGAAGGACAAGAACACACAAGAAUUAACGCUGUUUAUGGGUGGUGGAGCAAAGUCUUGGACCCGGAGGAGGCCAAGAACCAACUCAUGUUUUCACUACCUAUGAUUCUCACAAACGCGUCAUAUUACUUAGUCGCUUUGGUUUCUGUCAUGUUCGCCGGUCACCUUGGUGUCCUUCAGCUUGCUGGCUCCACUCUAGCCAACUCGUGGUUCAGUGUCACCGGCGCCUCCGUUGUGGUUGGGUUAAGUGGGGCACUAGAGACAUUAUGCGGGCAGGGAUUUGGAGCAAAAGAAUUUGAAAUGUUGGGAAUCUAUCUUCAAGCCUCCUGCAUCAUAUCCCUUAUCUUCUCCAUCAUUAUAUCCAUCUUUUGGUGCUACACAGAAUCUAUCUUUAUCUUGCUUCAUCAAUCUCAAGACAUUUCAAGCACCGCUUCUCUAUAUAUGAAGUUUGUUAUCCCAGGGUUAUUUGCAUAUGGAAUCCUUCAAAACAUAUUGAGGUUCCUUCAAACGCAAUCUGUUGUGUUGCCAUUAGUGGUCCUCUCAGCUCUUCCACUGAUGGUUCAUAUUGGCAUUGCAUAUGCCUUAGUCCAUUUGACAUCUUUGAGCUUUAAGGGUGCUCCGAUUGCACUUUCCAUCACUUGUUGGGUAUCCAUGUUUUUGUUGGGACUGUAUGUGAUGAAUGCGAAGAAGUUCAAGCACACUUGGAAAGGGUUCUCUUUUCAUUCAUUUCAUUACAUCCUUUCUGUCUUGAAACUAGCUCUUCCCUCUGCUGCUAUGGUAUGCUUGGAGUUCUGGGCCUUCGAGAUUUUGGUUUUCUUAGCUGGAUUACUGCCAGAUUCAGAAAUAACCACUUCAUUGAUCGCCAUAUGUGUCAACACAGAAUCCAUUGCCUACAUGAUUUUUUAUGGUCUGAGUGCAGCAGCGAGCACUAGGGUUUCCAAUGAGCUGGGGGCAGACAAUCCAGAAAGAGCCAAGCAUGCCAUGGGUGUGACUCUGAAGCUCUCUAUCUUUCUUUCCUUGUGUGCUGUUGUAGCACUUUCACUUGGUCAUGGCCUCUGGAUUGAACUAUUUAGUAGCAGUUCUGUAAUCAAACAAGAGUUUGCUUCCAUGGCACCUCUACUAGCAAUUUCUAUACUACUUGAUUCUGUACAAGGCAUCUUAUCAGGGGUGGCUAGAGGAUGCGGUUGGCAACACUUAGCUGUAUAUGUCAACCUCGCAACUUUUUAUCUCAUUGGUUUACCAAUAUCUUGGCUCCUUGGAUUUAAGUCCAAACUACGUGCGAAGGGCUUAUGGAUUGGGUUGAUUUGUGGGCUGGCAUGCCAAACUCUAGCUCUCCUAUUCCUCACAAAGCGUGCCAAAUGGACUAAACUGAGUGUAUGAGAGACGGAAGGGAAAAAAAUACCAGCAACCCACUUUUGUUUUAACUUGGCAAACAUGUUAACUUGUUUCAAUUCACCGCAAGCAUCAUUUUGGUGGUAGUAAGUUUCCGUCUUGUCCGAUAAUUAUGACACCAUUGCUGAAGGCGCAAGUAAGAUUGUUAUCAAUACUGAGCCUUGAAGUUGCAAAUCUCAUGGGACAGUAAGGACUUCUGAGCAUAAAGUUGGAAGAGAUA